GUGGGCGCUGCUGGCUUGGAUUUAUUCCAAAUGGAGUGGAGUGCUGCAGACCAGGCUCCGGAGGCGUAGCUCUGCUCUGCUUCAAAGGCUUCCGGAGUGGAGUCAAGAAUGGCUGUUGAACAACCACAAGGCACCUACAAGACUGACUCAAGGUUGAGACCAAGAAAUUAUUUCUGAAAAAGGAUAUUUAUGGAAUAGAAUCAUCCUGAUGGGAGAUAAUGGAAAGACUUAUAAAAAACAGCAUUGAGUGUUCAAGUUUCAGAGGUGAUUGGGAAUGUAAAAGCCAGUUUGAGAGAAAACAGGAAUCUCAGGAAGGACAUUUCAGUCAAAUGAUAUUUACUUCUGAAGACAUGCCCACUUUCAAUACCCAGCAUCAGAGAAUUCAUACUGAUGAGAAACUCCUUGAAUGUAAGGAAUGUGGGAAGGAUUUUAGUUUUGUAUCGGUCCUUAUUCGACAUCAACGAAUUCAUACUGGUGAGAAACCUUAUGAAUGUAAAGAAUGUGGCAAGGCCUUUGGUAGUGGUGCAAACCUUGCUUACCAUCAAAGAAUUCAUACCGGUGAGAAACCUUAUGAAUGUAAUGAAUGUGGGAAGGCCUUUGGUAGUGGCUCAAACCUUACUCACCAUCAGAGAAUUCAUACCGGUGAGAAACCUUACGAAUGUAAGGAUUGUGGGAAAGCGUUUAGUUUUGGAUCAGGCCUUAUACGACAUCAGAUAAUUCAUAGUGGUGAAAAGCCUUAUGAAUGUAAGGAAUGUGGAAAGUCCUUUAGUUUUGAAUCAGCCCUUACUCGGCACCACAGAAUUCACACAGGUGAGAAACCUUAUGAAUGUAAGGAUUGUGGGAAAGCCUUUGGCAGUGGUUCAAACCUUACUCAACAUAGGAGGAUUCACACUGGUGAGAAACCUUAUGAAUGUAAAGCAUGUGGAAUGUCCUUUAGUAGUGGGUCAGCCCUUACUCGACAUCAGAGAAUUCAUACUGGUGAGAAACCAUAUAUAUGUAAUGAAUGUGGGAAGGCUUUUAGUUUUGGAUCAGCCCUUACUCGACAUCAAAGAAUUCAUACUGGUGAGAAGCCUUAUGUAUGUAAGGAAUGUGGGAAGGCUUUUAAUAGUGGCUCAGAUCUCACUCAACAUCAGAGAAUUCACACUGGUGAGAAACCUUAUGAAUGUGAAGAAUGUGAGAAAGCCUUUAGAAGUGGUUCAAAACUUAUUCAGCAUCAAAGAAUGCAUACUGGUGAGAAACCCUAUGAGUGUAAGGAAUGUGGGAAGGGCUUUAGUAGUGGUUCAGAUCUUACUCAACAUCAGAGAAUACAUACUGGUGAGAAACCCUAUGAAUGUAAGGAAUGUGGGAAGGCCUUUGGUAGUGGCUCAAAACUUAUUCAGCACCAACUGAUUCACACUGGUGAAAAACCCUAUGAAUGUAAAGAAUGUGGGAAGCCCUUUAGUAGUGUCUCAGCUCUUAAUCGGCACCAGAGAAUACACACUGGUGGGAAACCGUAUGAAUGUAAGAAAUGUAGGGAGACUUUUGGUACUGGCUCAAGCCUUACUCAACAUCAGAGAAUUCAUACUGGUGAGAACUAUGAAUGUAAGGAAUGUGGGAAGGCUUUUGGAAGGGGUUCCGAAAUUCGGCAACAUAAGAAAAGUUAUACCGAUGAGAAGCUCUGUGAGUUGGAAACUGUAAGUUGGAAUUACGUGGUUAAGAAAGGACAAAUGGCAUAUAACAAAAUACAUACUAGUGAGAAUACCUAUAAAUGUCAUUAAGGUAUGGAUGCCUUACUAAGGCUUUACCACUUAGCCUAAGGGAAUUCAUACAGGGGGAAAGCCCACUCUGAAUAAAAUAAAUAUUUGAGGUUCUUUAUAUUCACUCCACUACUUUUGGAAAAUUUAUACUUGUAAAUAUUAAAAAUUGGAAAAACUUUUAUUGUGUUUGCUUUUAUUUUAAACUUUAAAAUUCCUUUAAGUGCUAACCCUGCUAUAUUUUUUAAUGUUCUUACUUUUUGUGGGUCAUACAGAAUUACUGAUCCAUCUCAAAAUUAUUUUAAAUUAUUUAUUGAGGGUCUAAAUUUACCCUUUUGCUCCCUCCUCUGUUUCCAUCCUAACCCAUUUAUUCAAAAGCCAUAUCUAUUUUCUGUAUUUUUGUAUUGUCUUUCUGAUGGUAGGUUAUUUUUAUACAUAUAAAGCUUGGAUAUCAGGUCAAUCUUUGUUUUUUUAAUUUGCAUAUAUGUGUUUCAUCCUGUUUGUGUUGUUACUGUUAUUUUUCAGCAUAUCUUAUGGAUCUAUAUCUUUUAGCAGAUCAUUUUGUUUUCAUUUUAUAAAGUUAAUACUCAUCUUUUUACAAAACAGUUUUCCUCUAUAAAAAUGUAGAAAUGAAAAAACAAAAAUAGAUGCAGUUAUCUGUAAUCUUACCAGUCAUAGACAAUCACUGUUAAACUUUUGGAGCAAACCCUUUCAGUCUAUAUGGCAUUGUUUUUAAAAGAAGGUAUGAUUAUACUAUAUUAUAACCAUCCUUUUUAUAUUCUUUGUAAAAUGUUGCUAUUUUAUUGGCUUGAAAGUAUUGAUUUGUCUUAUCAAACCCCUAUUUGUCAAAUACUGAAAGUUUUGCCAUUAUAAAGAGUUACCUUGAUAGCACCUUUUGAAUUUGCCUGCUUUUUAUUCAUUUUAGAGAUAUAUAUGUGGAUCUCUUCUGUUUUUAAAGAUGUAUAUGUUAUAAAGAUGUGCUUCCCUUUGAUCAACAUCCCUGACCUCUGUUAUUUACUGAACAUCAACCCACUUAUUCUCCCGGUUCCUUUUAUAUGCAUAUAUAACGUGUUUAUGGUAAUGGUAUAAUUAGUAUAUUUCAGAAACUUGUUAUGUAGAUUCUAUUGUGCUUAUCACAUAAUAAAUGCCUGGUUAAUAUUAACCAUCA